ACCGUAAUGGCGUGUGACAGUUCGCGAACAGCAACAAAACGUAAUAGUAAAUUGUGUAUAUUUAGUUAAAUCUCGUCUAUAAUAAUUAAUAAACGUAUUUAUAUUUAUCAAUAAAUAGAAUAGAAAAUGACUAACAAAAUCUAUAUUUUACCGUCGUAUCAACGUUUUAUAAACGGUGUACCAGUACCAUUGUUUUCGCGACGUUCAAUUCGUUUACGUGAAAAGUAUCUUAUUCUACUUGUAUUUUUGACAUUUGGAAUAGUAUGUUUCGGAACAUUUUUCUUUUUGCCGGAUUUUCGUAGUGCCAAAGGAUCAGUAGCAUACAAUAGUGUUUACAAUGUCUAUCAAAAAAUCCAAAAAGUCGGUCCUGAUUUAUUAUUACCGGCACCACCACAUGGAGUUAUGGGCCCGCUAGAUCCUCAUGGACCUGGUGGUUAUUUUCAUGCAUUUAAUGUCGGCCUUGAACGUCCUGGUGAUGUUGUCCAAGAUAUUCAUCUCAUUGAGGACAAACUAAAGCUACAGGCGAAAAUCGACGAAGACAAUGAACAACAAAAGACAUUGGAGAAACCGGAAAUAGUGGAAGAUUCGCGUAUGCGUGUGACCAGUAGUGCUAUCCCGUUACCACAAGAAGAUCAUCAGCAUGAAGAGGCCAUAGUGAUAGUGCCACCGGCUCCAGCGGACGUGCUUCCGACUCUUGUAGGUGGGGAAGACAAGGAUCCAAUUGCACGCCAACGUCGGGACAAAGUUAAAGAGUUUGUUACAGAUAAAUCGUGUUAUUUGUGCAUUUAUUUCACCGCUUUUACAGUGCCGGCAGAGUGUUCACCCACGUGUCAACCGGCAUCGCUUGUGCUACCCACGCUGUGUAUUAUAAAUCCGCUUUUAUUUAAACAAUCCGCUAUUUAACAUA